AUAUCUGCAAUCCUUGUCGCCCCUUUUCGUUUCCGAGUCGAAGAUGAUUCGAAGCUGACGAAACCGGUGGUACCGAUCGAGGAUGCUUUGUUUGCACGUGUAUCUCAAAGGUCGCAAAAUUUGGAUUGAAUUGGACUUGUAGUACCUGUGGUUUCUGGUGCACUAACAAUUCGUGCAGUUGGUGGUGCAAAUCCACAGACGAAAUUCUGGAAGCAAGACCGUGAAUUGCAAAAUUUUGCUUCGUUAGGUGCAGUACAAUCCUUCUGAGUAGUAUAGAUUGGAAACCAAGCUUGAUGUGUAUCUAUCUUGCCAUGAGAGGUCCUAAUAGUACGUACGAUUGCUACGAAGAUGCCCGCAGCAGAAUAAGUCAGCAAUCCCCUCAGGAGCAGUACCGCCCUCGGUUGAUAUCUGUCACUCGAUAAGAGUAAAGAUCAUCAGCAACAACAUCAAGUUGGCCAUCAUCAAAAUUGAUGAACAGCAAUAUCGAUGAUUUACCGGACUCUUUAUUGGCUGAAAUCUUUUGUCGACUUCCUUCCUAUAAGUCCGUUUCACAAUGCAAGUGCGUUUCCAAGCGUUGGUGCACUCUCAUUUCAGAUCCUCAUUUUAUUGGCUGUUUUCUAUACCUCCAAAGGGAUCGUAAGCAAAAGCCAAUAACUACUGCAAUAAAUUCAGAAGGGGAGGAAUUCCUUAAAAGAAUGUCCCCGUCCUCUAAACCGUUGAAUCAACUUUUCCAAAGACUGGUGAGUUUCCACAGUUUGAAACAAGAGCCAGUUGUGGUAGGUACGUAUAAUGACUUAGUUCUGUGCUGCGCAAGCAAGUUUAACCAGCGGGAUUACUACAUCUGCAAUCCAUACACAAUCCAGUGGGUUCCUCUUCUUCCCCCACCACAAGUGUGCGCAUUUGUACUAGUGGGAUUCAUCUGUGAUCUUCCCUACUAUAACAACAAGGAAGAUUAUCAGCCAGGAGAUAUGAUCCAGCUUAAUGCGGAGUAUAGGUGCAGAGUUGUGAGAUUAAUGGAUCCUGAUGAUGGUGAUGACGACUACGACAUAGAAUAUUCCCGCAAAUUCAAAGUACAGAUCUUCUCUUCUGAGACUGGUGAAUGGAGGGAGACAACUGUGAUAUCUGCGUUCAACUUUAAUUUGAAAAAAAUGAGUCCCAGUAUAGCCUGUAUUGGACGAGUGAGGAGACAUUCUUAUUCGGUUGGAUCCGUUCAUGAUCUGAGAAGAGUGCUAUUGCUAGUUUAUCUACUACAACCUGUUAUAGACGUUGUUUUAGUCAUGAGUGGGACUUUGUUCCAGUGAGGUGCAUAGCAGCGUAUGAUGGGGGUGUGCUGAUGUGCGACUAUGACCUUUAUUCCCGCAAUCUGUCUAUUUGCGAGGUGAAUGAAGAAGAACAAGAUGAUCAGAGAGUGACGAUCCAUGGAGGAGCAAAAAGUUUGUUUGUGAAACUUAAGAAGAGGGUCAAUUUGGUGGAUGAGAAAAAGGUUGUGAUAGGUCCAUGGACAGAUAUUGAUGCGGUAUUUUUCGACCCAAAUGACGAGGAUACCUUGUAUAUGAUUGUAGAUAACCUGGGAAAAAAGAUAUUAUCAGGUGCAACAUUCUAACAGGAGAGGUGUCAAAGACGGUAGGAAACAGAAAAUUUAAUUGCUUCAGAUUCUUCCCGUUUGUGCUCCCAUGGUGGCCGACUCCAGUCCCUCGACUAGCGCAAGGUGCAAUAUCCGAAUAGGAGAGGUGUCAGAGAUUGCUACAAACAGAAAAGUAAAUUGUUUCAGGUUCUUCCCGUUUGUAAUCUUAUGUUUCCUUCAUGAAUAUAAAUCUCCUCAGUUUGCUUCAUAAAAUCCAUAUACGUACAUAUUCAUUAAGCAAUAACAAAAGGAAUACCAAAUGUAUAAACCACUACUAGUGCAAG